CCGUUCUGAGUCACGUCUACCUCAGUCAACGUCAUCCUAACGUCUCGUACUACGACUAUGAAUAUGAUUUGGACGAUUUUUUCAACAUGGAUCAUUUCAGAAAUACUUACGAAACUGCAAAAUGCGUCCGAGACAUCGCUAAUUUCACCAGACACUUUGCUACGAAGAUCUACGAUGACCCGGUCGUGAAAAAUAUCAUUGCCAAAAGGAACGAGUUCGACCUAGUCAUCUCUGACCAGUUUGCUUUUUUGGUUACCUACCCCUUUGCGGUGAAUAUGACUCACAUCUUGUUUACUGCGUCGUAUCUCACCCCCUUGAUGAGUGCUUACCAGGGUAACGUCUUCAACCCUGCAGCGGUGUCAAACGGCGUCACGGAUUACCCUAAACCCUACUCAUUCCUAAGCCGAGUCAAGAAUAUUUUGGUUACCCUUUUCUUCGCCUACAUUUGGCUUUGGAGUGUCAGGUCGCCAGCUGAAGAAGCGAUAUCCAAGAUCUUCCCAGGCUUGCCUUCUUCCUAUGAAGUUGAACGGAACGCAAGUCUAGUAUUCUUCCACUCACACCUUGCCCUAGACGGAGCCUUUCCUCUCUUGCCGAACCAAAUAAUGUUGGGAGGCAUGGUAGCUCGUGACCCUGAACCCCUUCCUAAGGAUCUGCAGGAUUUCUUAGCUGGAGACAUCCCUGCGGUUUACAUGAGUACGGGAACUUACGUGACAGUCUCAAAUUUUCCGGAUCAGUUCAAAAAUAUUUUCAUCUCACUGUUUCCGAAGUUGCCAUAUAAAAUUCUUUGGCGCUACCCAAGCGAUGAAGUUUUAAACUCCUCAAACCUGAUGGUUCGCAAUUGGUUCCCACAACAGGAUGUUUUAGCCCAUCCCAACUUGCGUCUCCACAUAAGUCACUGCGGACUGAGUAGCGUGCAAGAGUCGAUCUACCACGUAGUGCCCAUACUCUGCUUGCCCAUCCUGGGUGACAACUUCAAGACCGCACCUUUUGUACAAGACGAAGGGAUCGGAAUGAGCUUAUCUUGGCUUACACUUACUGAACAGACGCUCAACGAGUCCAUUCUCUCUAUCAUCAAUGAUAACAGGUUCAGAAAACGAAUGGAGUUAAAGUCACGCAUAUUCCGGGACCAGCCGGAGCCCCCUUUGCAGCGCGCCGUAUACUGGACGGAGUACGUGGCAAGAUAUAGGGGAGCGCCGCACCUGCAAGCCAGCAGCCGGAAUCUCAGCUGGAUCACAUACGCCAACUUAGAUAUUUUGGCCGCACUAGGCUUCUGCAUCAUCUUCAUAGUUUACUGCACCGCUUUGAUAUCUCGUUACAUCUAUAAAAUGUUCACCGGCAGUGUUAAAAAAAUAAUGCAAUCGGAAAAUAAAUAUUAUUACCAUAAAGUUGAAUACCAUUAGUUUUGUGUUAUUAUGUUUAGUGUCGAACGAAAUUUCUUUAUGUUUUUUGUCGUCGUGCAUUUAUUACAACAAAAUCGGGCUGUCGUUAAGGCUGAUAAUGUGUACCUGAUGCAUGGAAUGAAAGCCCGGUAACCUUGUUACGUAAUGCAAGCCACACGAGCAAAGAGCUGAAAAUUUACAGGCCAAUUCCUCUUGCUGACACCAGUAGAAGGAUUUUCGGUGCAGUUUUGAAUGACAGAAUGCAAAUAUGUAUGGAGCGUGAACGAUACUUGGUGAGGAGUAGAAUGGUUUCAGGUGUGACAGAAGAGCAGAAGAAAACAUACUUUGUUGUGAAUGAAUUGACUGAAAGAAUGAAGAGAGAUGGAAGGAGAGCCUACUUGGCGUUCAUAGAGACAGAAAAAGCACAUGAUAGGGUCGAUAAAAAAUUAUUGUAUGAGGUUUGAAAAUUGGUAUGAGUGAAAAGUAUGUAUGGAUAGUAUAUAUGUGAAUGCUCGAGCGAAAUAUGGGCCAGGAGAUGUGGAAACCGACUGGGUGAAGUGCAAGAGGGGGUUCGACAAGGAUGUAUCCUGUCUCCACUUCUCUACAGCUUUACACUGAAGGCUGCUUGACUGAGAAGAAUGUAUGUCAGUAUGUGGGAGUGCGUGUCGGAGAUGAAGACUAAAAAUGCUACUUUAUGUAGUUGAUGCUGUAAUAAUGAGUGAAAUUGGAUUGAACUUCAGAGCAUGCUAGACUGUAUAACUGAGUAUGGCAAAGAAUUUAAUGUGUGCUUUAGCCCAGAGAAGAGUCAGAUGCUAGUUGUUAAACGAACAGCUGAUGAUGUGGAUAGAGUGUGGCAUAUGGGAGGCAAUGUGAUUGGGAUAACAAAUGAGUGCAGAUACCUGGGAAUGAGUCUUAACCACAAAGGAGGUGAAAAAGCUAAAGCGAUGAGUGUAGCAAAUAAAAUAAGUCAUAAGGAAUACUGGGAGUUUGCUUGUGGCCGUGAUACGUAACGGACGUGCAGUGUCGUGCGCGAUCCCGGUUACAUUUUGAAGAAAUUGUUUAAAUAAAUUGAUGAGACAGAAGGAAUAAUCAUGCUUUGUUAACCGAGUAAUACCUAAGAGGAGAUACCCAAGAUGGAGAUAUGAAAUGCUUUCAACAUUACCGAGCAGACCGAAAAGAAGGGAGGAAAAUAGGAGGCGUUAUAGUCUACCUCAGAAACUCCCUCGCGUCAAAAACAGUUCCCCUGCAUUUAGGCUCCAAUGGAUAUGUGUACCAUGUUAUGCACUUAUGCUACACAUCUCCAAUCUGCAAUUAUGCAUAGCGAUCGCCGGGACCAGCCAGAAAAAUUCAAUGGAACUCUCGAAAGAUUAGAAACAUAGGUGUCAAAUUUGGGCUUCCCCAAAUAUUUUGGUUGCGGGAGAUUUUAACCUUCCACACAUACGAUGGCCAUACUGGGACCGUUUAGGACGACGCAGAGAUCAGGGCCCAUACUUUCAAAAUAGUUAAGAGAUCGUAAGUUCAUC